AUGCCGGAGCCGUCCGUUUCCCUCGCCGUCUUCCCAGUUGAUGAAGCCAAGCAGGAACAACUUCGUCUUCAGCUGCAGAUGAUGCAGAUGGGUUCUGUUCUUUCUGCGCCCUUAAAGAACAUAUGGCAGAAUCGAUUCAAAGAAUUAUCUUCAGAUUUUUUACCAGGACAACAAGAGGAUGCACAUGAGUUCCUUCGUUGCUUGUUGGAAAAUUUGCAUAAGUGUACCCUUGAUCCCAAGUCAAAGGGGAAGCCCUCGUCUAUUGAUGAGGAAAGUAUUGUCAAGCAGGUGUUUGGUGGUCGAAUGAUAAACCAUUUGACAUGCCGUGAUUGUGGCCACUGCUCGGAGACAUUCGAGCCGUUCCUUGAUCUUAGCUUGGAGAUUGAUCAGGUUGAUGACCUUGCUGCUGCAUUGGAAUCUUUCACUAAGGUGGAGCAAAUCGGUGAUGCUAAGAACAAGAUCACAUGUGGAAGUUGUAAUGGUCAAGUUUGUAAGGACAAGCAACUUCUACUUGAUAAAGCACCAGAUGUCCUUGCAUUUCAACUAAAGCGCUUCGCCAUACUUGAUGGUUCCAUUGAAAAGAUUGGGAAACAUGUGGUAUACCCAUCAGAACUUGAUUUGAAGCCAUUCCACAGUAAUCCAGACAAGGAGGACUUAAAAUAUGAUCUUUAUGGCGUUGUUAAGCAUUCUGGCUUACCUAGCUUUGGCCACUAUGUUGAUUCAAUUACUGAGACAAGUGCACUACAUCAAGAAGCAUAUAUGCUCUUCUAUGUUAGGCAGAGCACGUUUCCGUGGUUCUCAAGCUUGCUAGAGGAAGCUGAUAGUGGUGCAUCUCCUAUGUCAGUUGUGGAUAAUAAAGAUGUAGUGAUGAGGUGUGCCCCAAGUGCUACUGAAAUCACCAACCCGGAGAGACCCUCGACUCCAGCUCCACACCCCAAGAGGAUGUACUCUAUUUAUGACCAUAAUGUGUUUGCCUUCGAGAACUUAGAUGAGAAUGAACAUGAAACGAAGGUGAAGAAAUCAAAGGCUACAUCUGCCUCUAAAUAUUUGAAAAGCUCUACCCUGGAUCAGAAUGCGUCGCGGUUAAUGAGGAGCAUGACAUCUGCACGAAGAAAAUGCUUUCUGAAUAGACUAGAUUCACACAAUGUGGUGCUUUGUUGA